UUCGUUCCAUUACAAAGCGAUGGCAGAAGCGACAAACCCAGCAGCCACUUCGUUCCCAGCACCCACCAUCUCCCUGCCACUGGGGCUGGAUGUCAUUCGGACUUACUCUGGAGCUCUGAUCUGCAUGGAAAUCGUCUUUGGGGGAUUGGUUUGGAUUCUUGUGGCCUCCUCAAAUGUCCCCGUGCCAUUACUCCAGGGCUGGGUCAUGUUUGUGUCUGUCACUGCGUUCUUAUGCUCCACGGCCUACCUCACCUUCUUCCUGCUUGGCCUAGCUGACCGAAUCAACACCGACUGGAACUUCAUGGAUAUGAUUUAUCACUUUGUUGCCCUGCUCUUCUAUUUUGCUGCAUUUGUGCUGGAAGCUGCGACGACGUCUGGAGCGUAUAAACAGUAUGUGAACAGCACAGCAUGUGUUGUUAGGCCUCCCAAUAACAUCAUUACCUUCAUGGAUUUCCGACAAUACAGUAUUAAUGUGGUGGCUACGAUACUUGCUUUCAUAGUGACCGUUUGUUAUGGCUUCAGCAUGUUUAUGGGCUUUAAGCGAUGGAGGAAGUGACAAUAAGACUCGGGCGAUGCUACUUGAUCAUACGUUUACUCCAUGUGUGUUAUGACUUAUCAUUCACAACCCAACCCAACACACACAUACACACACAAGGGGAAAUUUGUCACUCAUUUUUAUUUUAUGUCAGGAAACAUUUCUAUCACAGGUAUAUAUAUA